ACCAUGCUGUAAGAGUAGAAUUGAUGAUUCUUUCAUCGCAUUCAAUAAUCUCACAAGAUUGUCUUCCAUUUUCAUAGUUGGUACCAGCAGUGACUGAGCUCAUUGUUGCCCAGUUGAUGUACCUUGAAUGGAUGAACAGUAAAGAACAUGUUUAUAUAUACAUCAACUCAACUGGAACGGCUCGCGAUGAUGGUGAACCGGUCGGGAUGGAGAGCGAAGGUUUUGCAAUCUAUGAUGCAAUGAUGCGUAUGAAAACUGAGAUCCACACACUUUGUAUAGGAGCUACAGCAGGCCAUGCAUGUCUUGUGCUUGCAGCUGGAAAAAAAAGGCAAACGUUAUAUGUUCCCUCAUGCCAAAGCUAUGAUUUAGCAACCACGUAUUCCUUCUUAUGGGAUGAUGCAAGCAUCAGAUGUUGUUAUUCGUGCAAAGGAGGGAUUCGAGCGCUCUCCGCGCUUCCCGCGUACGGCACAUACGGCGGGGGCCGGGCGUGCAGACUGCAUACACGUCCACACGCGGUCCCGGACCCGAAGUUUUUAUCUAAUUCAGUUUAUGGUCCUCGGUCACGCAUCGUCGCUCCCGGUUCUAGAACUUGCCCGCACAUCGCCGCUCCCAACCCUAGCAGGAGCUCUCGGCCCCCCGCCCCCGCCUCCAUCCUCCCAGAAAAAUUCCUCCCACCGCGCCCGCGACAGCGACGACGACGGCGACGAGCACGGGGCCCCUCCACCGCCUCCGCCUCCGCCUCGCCGCGUGCGGCCUCCGCGCCGCCCCGACGUCGUCCCCUCCGCCCUCCCCCUCGGCCCUCGACGCGCCGCCGCCCGCCCUCCGCCGCCACCGCCGCGGCGGGCUCGGUCUCCUCUGGAAGCUCCCCUCCGCCCGCGCGCCGCCCCGCCCGGCUCCGAUGGACGCGCGCGCCCCCGCCUCCGCAGCCCCAUCCGCCGCGCGCCCCGUCGCCGCAGCCCCCGCCCACGCCGUCCAGGAGGUACGACCUGCACUUCUCGGCGUCCAGCUUCAUCCAGGCGCCGCUCACCGCGCUGCUCGAGUACUCCGGCAUCCUCCGGCCCGAUCCCGGUGGUGGAAUCCAACAGCCAGGGACCGGGGCGGGGCCGGGCGAGGUGUCGAUCCGGAUUGUGGCGCCCGGCGAGGCGGGGACGUCGUCUGAGAGGGCCGAGGAGGUGAUCGUCGAGGAGGAGGAAGAGGAUGGACAGGCAACGAGGACGCGCCCCGAGGACUCAUCACCUGCCGCUGGCGGCGGGGAGGGCGGCAGGGAAUCCUCGUCGUCGUACCAGCGGUACGAUAUACAGCAGGUGGCCAGGUGGGUGGAGCAGAUACUGCCCUUCUCACUGCUGCUGCUCGUCGUCUUCAUCCGACAACAUUUGCAAGGUUUCUUUGUGACAAUUUGGAUUGCUGCGGUGAUGUUCAAGUCCAACGAUAUCCUGUGUAAGCAGACUGCUCUGAAGAGGGAGAGAAAAAUUCCAGUUCUUGUCGGGAUUACAAUAUUAUUUGUUGUUCAUGUAUCUGGAUUUUACUGGUGUUACAAGAAUGGGGAUCUUAUAAGACCUCUCAUGAUGCUUCCUCCAAAAGAAAUACCACCAUUUUGGCACGCAAUAUUCAUCAUCUUGGUGAACGAUACAAUGGUGCGCCAAACUGCUAUGGUUGUCAAAUGUUUACUGCUGAUGUACUAUAAGAACAGCAGAGGCCGUAGCUAUCGUAGGCAGGGUCAAAUGUUGACGAUUGUGGAAUAUUUUCUACUUUUGUACCGUGCAUUAUUGCCUACACCUGUGUGGUACCGUUUUUUCCUGAACAAGGAGUAUGGAAGCCUAUUUUCGUCUCUAACCACUGGCUUGUAUCUCACUUUCAAGUUGACAUCUGUUGUGGAAAAGAUUGGAAAAGGAUGGUGCGUAGCUGCAAAAGAGAGGACAUCUUGCUUUUGUGCUCGCAAGAAGGAUGCAAAGGACCUAUGAUGAUCAGCUGCUGUUUUGGGGUCUUGUCAUGUAACAUCUCCUAUUUUUAAAGAGCAAAACUGAAAAUGCAGUUCCGGUCUUGUUGAUGAACCGCUAGAGACUUAAUGAUUUUAUAUGAUGCUGUCGGUUGUCUGUUGUCUUAUAUCUUACUGUAUAUGGUAAUCAUCUUUGUUU